AUGGAUGAUUCUGCAAAAAAUCCGAAUUCAGAAUAUGAAGUUUUACAAAAUGUGCCAACAACUUCGGAUAAUUAUAUGCCUUAUUAUGAGAAUACAUAUUCGAGUGGAAAUCAGCAACGCGUUGAACAAACGGGAAAUUAUGGGUAUACAAUUGAUAACGGUCAGGAAAAGGUAAUUUUCAACAUUUUUGGAUUUUAGAGGAGAUACCGUAUUUGAUUCAUAGGUGUACUGUAGAACUUGGAAUAUUCAAAGAUAAAACACCUGAACUUCUAGAUUUUAAGCCCUAACAAACUAUUUUCUUUAUACAGUUAUUUUUUAGCCAAAUGAUUAUGAAGAAAAUACAAUGGAAGACGUUGGCGAUGAAGAAGACGAUGAGCAAGAUUCACAACAAAAUCCAAGAUAUACCCCACCAACAAUGACACCAAAAAAGCUAGGAGUUCUACUUGAUCAAGAAAGAUUUCUUCCAAUCGCAAAUGUUGCUCGAAUAAUGAAAACACGUUGUGAACCAGGAACUAAAAUAUCCAAAGACGCCAAAGAAUGCGUGCAAGAAUGUUUAUCGGAAUUUAUUAGUUUUUUGACUUCGGAAGCUGCCGAAUAUUGCCAUCAAACUAAACGAAAAACAAUAACAGCGGAUGAUUUGUUGACUGCUUUGGAAGCAUUGGGAUUUGAUAACUAUGCGGAGCCAAUGAGAAUAACAUUGGCGAAAUAUAGACAAGCGAAUAAAAUAACUGGACCGAUUCAUAGGGAACAUGAACAUUAUCAAAGACCUGAACAAUUUAUGAAUGAUCCACCAUUUAGACCGCUGUUUUUUGACACUGAAAAUGGAUCGAGAUGUGAGUUUAAUUUCAAUCUUUUGAAUCAUCAAUUUUCGAAAAUUGUAUGAAAAUGUAUGAAAUUGAUCAUUCAUAAGUUGGAAAUUCUUUUGAUUAAUUUGGAAAAAUCCCCAAAUUUCGAGUCCGAUAUUUAAAAACCUCGUGUUUCUAGAAUUUAAAAAUGUUUCUACACCAGAAAAUCUUGGAUUAUAUUCUGAACUUCAAAAAUUAUAUUUUUCAGGUACGGAAACACGUUUCUUCAACAUUGAAAGUGGAAGUGUUUCAACUGAUGCUCCUUUGGGAACCGAAUGGCAAGAACAAAGACAAGAACAAAUUCCACAACAGCCACCGCCACAAGCAACAUUGAUCAAAACAAAUAAGUCACAACAAUAUCAAACUGCUCCACAAUCUGCACAACAGCAAUCUCAGCAACAGCAACAAACUUCGACACCAAUCGCACAGCCUGGAACAUUGCCAAUAACUGCGUUGGAGCAACAAACUCAAAUGCAAAUUUAUGUUGAUGCAUCUACUAAACAACAUUAUGCUGCUAUGGAUAGUAAGUUUUCUUUGUUUAAAAAAAAGUUAGAAUACUCAUCUUCUGGGAGAUUUCUUCACCUCAAGUAAUUUUCCCUUAAAAAACCACAAAUUUUAGAAAAUCAAGAAACGUUUUCAUCCCAAUGUUUUUCUUCAAAUAUCCAAAAUCUCAAUCGAAAAAAUACGAACUUGGGAUAACUAACAAGGGAACCUUUUCAGCUCGCGGUCGAGUUUUGAGCUCAAAAUUUUUUAAUGAACAGUUUGAGCCGUUCUAAUGAACAUAUAAAAAAUUCAGCUGCCGAAGAACACCCUGCACCAAGUUCUGAUCCGCCAAAGUGGCGAUUUUUGACCGAAAUCACAUGUUUCAGGGCUCAUAAGUCAGUCCUGAGUUCAAAUCAGGGGAAACUGAUCGAAGGACGUUUUUCAGGAGGGUCGAUUUACUGAAAUCACUAAAAAUUUUUACUGAGUCGCAACAAUUUUCGAAAAAAAAUUUUUGGCGCAAGAAAAUAGUCCAGGUCAUGAAUUGUAAAUUUGAAAUUUUUUGGAAAUUUUUCUCAUAAUUGGUGACUUUAGUAACUCGACCCUCCUGAAAAAACCUCCAUCUAUCAGAUUUUGAUAAAAUCGUCUCUAAAGGAAAUUAUGAUCUCUCAAAAAAGCCAUUUUUGGCGAUUUCUGACACUUUGGCGCAUCAGAACUUGGUGCAGGGUGUUCUUCGGCAGCUGAAUUUUUUAUAUGUUCAUUAGAACGGCUCAAACUGUUCAUAAAAAAAAUUUUGAGCUCAAAACUCGACCGCGAGCUGAAAAGGUUCCCUUGUAAGAUUCAGUUUGGGAAAUAAUUCGGAAAAAAUUGAUAUUUUCUUCAGUCCAGCUGAUCCAUAUUUUCAGAUAGUUAAAAAUAAUGUUUUCAGCUGAAAACGGAGUUCAACUAUAUCCAAUUCAAAUAUCAAGUUCUGCUCCAAUCACACUUACAAAUGCUUCAAAUAUUCAACAAUCAUCUGCAAUUCCAUCAACAUCAACUUCGUCUCAACCAACUUAUAUGUAUUUACCAGAUGGUGAUGCUGAAAAAGGAAAUGAAACCGACCAGCAACCACAACAACAAUAUUAUGAAUGA